AUGGCGCUGUCUUCAAAGCAUGGCAAAUCGGAGCGCAACAAACAGAGGCUGUUUGGAUACGCAAAUAAAGUCGUCAACGCCGGAGAUGACCGAAACCGCCCCCCUCCCUCUUCUGAGGGCCACCGAGUCGAUCCGGUUUUCCCAACUUACUUCUGGUUGCCAUCAGACAAGAUUUCAGCAGGCUCCAGUUCGUCCAUUUGUUCACACUACACUGCAGCUAAGCAUUACAUGCAGGGCCGGUCUGCCCCGCAGGCUUUACAGAAAACUGCCGUCUGUGGUUCCCAACCGUCAGGUCAUCGAGAAGGCGAAGUUGUCCCAGCCGACGCCGCCCUACACCUCCAACUAGACGCUUACGAGCGAAGGAAGGAGGAAAAUGGACGACACAUUUUCCGCGCCCAAUAG